CCGGUGUGAAAAAUGCGGUCAUUUUUACCUGCAGUGGCCGAACAGCUUUUCCGAGAUAUUCAAAAAACAUACCAGGAAACGUCUCAAAUCCCUGAUGACCUGCUGAUUGCGCUGAAGUUUGUCUUCGGGUCUUGUGCGCUACAGGCUUUGGACCUGGUUGACCAACGUUCAGUCACCUGUCUGUCGUCUCCCAGUGGACGCAAAGCAUUCCAGGUAAUCGGAGGCUCGGGGCGCUUAUACACUUGCUUUGCAUCAUGUCACUACUGUCCAUGCCCAGCCUUCGCCUACACUGUGCUCCGCAGAAACGAGGGCCUGCUGUGCAAACACAUCCUGGCCGUCUACCUGUGUCAGGCCAUGGGUGUGACUCAGCCGGAGUGUGUGUCUGAUCAGGAGAUGUCCAUGCUGCUCAGCAGGACAGCAGCCACGUGACACACAGGUGCGCUCGGUACAGCAGGUGGACCCUCUCGGAUGGGACCUGACUCUUCAGGUCACUGCAGAGAGGAUCGGAGCAGAGGAUCUGCACCAUGGCUGCUGCUUUUUCAUGUUUUUCAGAAAGACACCAGAUGUUGCUUUAUUUAUUUUUUUCUUGGUCUGUUUCCUGGGGAACGACAUCUGUUCAUUGAGUAUGCUCUUCUUUAUUUUUAGGUUCUUUUUCUCUGAAGCCGCAUCAGUUAGGGAAACAGUGAGAGUCUGCAUGUUGUUACUUUGAAACACGAAACAUUUAGCAGUUUUUCGAAUGUGUCAUUUGUAAAUAUGUUAAAUAUUAAUUGUCAGAUGAUUUAAAAUGGACAUUUUAAUAAAUAAAGACAGAUAUGUAACAAUAUAAACAUUGCCUUUAUUAACAAAAUAAUUCACCAUACAUACAGAUUGCAUCAUGUUAAAUAGCAGUAUCGCACUUGUAGUUUUGUUGAAUGAAAGAAAGA